GGUGCAGAAUUCUGGGCUCAGCGACAGCCUGCGCCAAGUGUGCGCACCUGUAGGAGACCCGCCCGUCCGCCGGCCGCGGUGAGUGGUCCCUGGAGUCACAGCUCAGGGCGGGCCCGCGGGAUGGGGCGGGUGGCCCGGGGCGCAGCCGGCCCAGGCCGUUGCUAUGGCAACGUAGUGGGCAAACGGGCCUCUGGGUCUCUCGCUGCCGGUCGGCUGGCGACCCCCCAGCGGCGGGACCGGGCUGAACCCGCGGACCCCUCCGAGUGUCUCCCGGGACCCAGCCGUUGGGACCCCAUUUCCCCCGGUCCUGUAUUUGGGGUGGUCUCUGUCUGCCCCGGUUCAUCUCCACCGUCUCACCUCCACCCCAUCUUGGGACGUGAAACUUUUUGAAAGUAUAAAGCGAACUUACUGUAGGCUCUCACGUGUGAAUAUGUGUCUAGUGCAUCCUUAACUUAAGGACUUCACCAGUUCGAAGUUACAGUUUUCACCAUCAACUACCUUAUCCUUUCUGUUCUGGUUUUCUUCCUCAAACAGUGGAAGGAUUUUUAAAGUUGCUUUUGUUGCAGAGUUAAACAAAUGGCUGAUAGUGACUUAUAUAAAAAAUCCAUAGAAUGCCCUUACUGUUCAUCUGCUUCUCAGAAAGAUGUACUUUGUGUGUGUUCCAGCAAAACAAGGGUUCCUCCAGUUUUAGUGGUGGAAAUGUCGCAGACGUCAAGCAUUGGUAGUGCAGAGUCUUUAAUUUCACUGGAGAGAAAAAAAGAAAAAAGUACCAACAGAGACAUAACCUCUGGAAAAGAUUUGCCCUCAAGAACCUCAAAUGUAGAGAGAAAAGCAUCUCAACAACAGUGGGGUCGGGGCAACUUUAUAGAAGGGAAAGUUCCUCACAUAAGGAUUGAGAAUGGAGCUGCUAUUGAGGAAAUCUAUACCUUUGGAAGAAUAUUGGGAAAAGGGAGCUUUGGAAUGGUCAUUGAAGCGACAGACAAGGAAACAGAAACGAAGUGGGCAAUUAAAAAAGUGAACAAAGAAAAGGCUGGAAGCUCUGCUGUGAAGUUACUUGAACGAGAGGUGAACAUUCUGAAAAGUGUAAAACAUGAACACAUCAUACAUCUGGAACAAGUAUUUGAAACGCCAAAGAAAAUGUACCUUGUGAUGGAGCUUUGUGAGGAUGGAGAACUCAAAGAAAUUCUGGAUAGGAAAGGGCGUUUCUCAGAGAAUGAGACAAGGUGGAUCAUUCAAAGUCUCGCAUCAGCUAUAGCAUAUCUUCACAAUAAUGAUAUUGUACAUAGAGAUCUGAAACUGGAAAAUAUAAUGGUUAAAAGCAGCCUUACUGAUGAUAACAAUGAAAUAAACUUAAACAUAAAGGUGACUGAUUUUGGCUUAGCGGUGAAGAAGCAAAGUAGGAGUGAAGCCAUGCUGCAGGCCACAUGUGGGACUCCUAUCUAUAUGGCCCCUGAAGUUAUCAAUGCCCACGACUAUAGCCAGCAGUGUGACAUUUGGAGCAUAGGUGUCAUAAUGUACAUGUUAUUUUGUGGAGAACCACCCUUUUUGGCAAGCUCAGAAGAGAAGCUUUUUGAAUUAAUAAGAAAAGGAGAACUACAUUUUGAAAAUCCAGUCUGGAAUUCCAUAAGUGAUUGUGCUAAAAGUGUUUUGAAACAACUUAUGAAAGUAGAUCCUGCUCACAGAAUCACAGCUAAGGAACUACUAGAUAACCAGUGGUUAACAGGCAAUAAACUUUCUUCCGUGAGACCAACCAAUGUAUUAGAGAUGAUGAAAGAAUGGAAAAAUAACCCAGAAAGUGAUGAGGAAAACACAACAGAAGAGAAGAGUAAUCCGUCCACUGAAGAAAAGUUGAAAAGUUACCAACUCUGGGGAAAUGUCCGUGAUGCCAAUUACACUACAGAUGACGAGGAGGAAAAACAGUCUACUGCUUAUGAAAAGCAAUUUCCUGCGACCAGUAAGGACAACUAUGACACAUGCAGUUCAAGUUUCACAUCUAACAAACUCCUUCCAGCUGAAAUCAAGGGAGAAAUGGAGAAAACCCCUGUGACUCCAAGCCAAGGAACAGCAACCAAGUAUCCUGCUAAAUCCAGGGCCCUGUCCAGAACCAAAAAGAAACUCUAAGGUUCCUCCAGUACUGGACGGUGCAAAAACAAAGCUGCUGUUGUUAGCACUUUGAUGAGGGGGUAGGAGGGGAAGAGGACAGCCCUAUGCUGAGCUUGUAGCCUUUUAGCUCCGCAGAGCCCCGCCAUGUGUUUGUACCAGCUUAAAAUUGAAGCUACUUAUCUCCAAAGCAGCAUAAGCUGCACGUGGCAUUAAAGGACAGCCACCAGUACGCUUGGCUGUGGGCUGCAGGGAAAAUCAACUCAAGAUGUACACGAAAGUUUUUUAGGGGAGCAGAUACCCGCAAUUCAAGGCCGUGGGCACACUUGCUCAUUUUUACUUCAAAUUCUUAUGUUUAGGUACAGCUAUUUAUAGGGGAAAACAAGAGGCCAAAUAUGGUAAUGGAGAUUCCAAAUGAUACGUGCACUUUGUACUAGAAGACUUUGUUGGAAAAUUACUAAUAAACUUGCCAUAGGUAUUACAGCAGAAGUGCUUCAUUCACAUGUGUUUGUGAGAUUUUAGGUUGCUAUAGAUUGUUUAAGACAACUUAUUUUAAACGUAGAAAGAUAGGAGAUUUUGUAACUGCUUGCCAUUAACUUGCUGCUAAAUUCUCAAUGUAUUGAUUAAAUCAAUAAAAAACAGAUGUUACUCAGCA